AUGUCAAGAAUCAGACCCUUUGGUGUCACUUCAGUGAUCUCAACUACAGGAACCUUAUGUUUGUCACUCUUUCAGUUGGUGCUCUCGGACCUACCGUGUAAAGAAAAUGAAAUGUGUGAACAUUAUCACGGACAAAACUCCAACAGCUGGUACAUCUGGUUCCUGCUUCUGAUUUUCCUGGUGGUUCUUCUCUGUGGAAUCGUGCUCUUCUGCUUCCAGUGCUGGCUGAAGAGACGUCAAAUUGAUUGCUCAAGACGUACCGUAGCCGUGUUUGUGGUUGGAGACUUGGACCCCAUGGAUGGAACAGAAGCUGCCGUAAGUCCAACUUUUGAAAUUCACCAUCAGGCUGAAGGACUUGAACUGUAUCCUAUUCCAUGUUUUAGUACUUUUGGCCCCCCUCCUCCAUAUGAAGAAAUUAAAAGCAAGCCAAUUUUAAAUCUGAAUCAUGGGUAG